GGUUUUGCCUACGCUCACAAAAUAAAUUCCGAAAUAACAACCAAUAACAUUUGGCCAGACCAUGUAGGUCAAUUCAAAACCAACACAGCAUUAUUAUAUAACAAUGAAUUAAGUGAAGUCAAAGCUUGGGGUCUUUCAGCAUUGGCUGAAAAACCACGUAAAAAGCGUCCUCAAAAUUUUGAUAAAUCGAUACAUGUUGAAUUAUUUAAAUUACAUCUGGGAGAUAUGUCAGACAAUGAAAAACCACCAUUACCUAAUAAUAUGAAUUAUAAACAAGCAAUAACCGAUUAUCUCUGGGAAUUAGUGAAAGAUACCAUAGAUAAACGAUGGCCAGGUGUUAAUUUCUUUAGAAAUGUUCUACUGGUAUUUGCGGUUCCUGCUGAAUUUUCUGAAAAAGCAAAAGCAAUAAUGAGAAGCU